UUCUCUCGUACUUCCUUACUCACAUCUUUCCUUGAGUCUGUCUGCAGCUUGUCAAGCAACGCUCCUACAUUGACUCAUCAUCAUCGGCUUAUUUAAGUACUUCAUUAUUUUUCCUAUUAUAAUAAAAUGGAGAACCAUCCUGCUUCAUCGGACGGUUGGGAAAUCCUCAUCAGCCAAGUCGCAAGUCUCGCAGGGCCAGGCAAUACCGCAGAGCCUGCUCCUUUAGCUGAUCCUUCCGCCCGUCGCACACCUGUCGCUGGAGGCAACCUUACCACCGCCCCCCUUAACGCGGAUGAAGAUACUGAGGACCAAGUAACGAACACGGAGCCAUCACAGGCUACCCUCCAGCACCAACCACAGUACUCGCCACAGGCGCAAGGCCCCGUGGCCUCGGAUGUCAGAAUCGGACCACUGAGCAUGAUGGAGCCCGUGCUGCCUGAGGUUGUUGCGUUGAACGCAAUGUAUGAGUACCAGCGUAGUGGACGAGUAAACCCCCCAGAAGCAGAGGGAACCAAUGUCAGUAGCCCUCCAACGGGCUCCAAUGUCUAUGCCUACAACUCCCUCUACAACCUCGGACGAAAGUUCCUUACUCUGGAACAAGUAGAGCACUCCAGACAGUUGAUUCUGGAAGGAAUCGACACGCGCCUGUUCAUGGUAGAUCGGAACGAGAUCUAUGAGGUUGUGAGCAAUGAAGUGAGUGGGAAGGUAAGAUGUAUCAUCCGAGCGCGCCUGGUCGUUAGAUACCAGAUGAUGGGCUGGUGGACGGAGGCCGGCGAGCCCUACGCCGUGCAGGGCCGCCACAUUGUUGACCUUCUGGGUCACUUGAAUCAACGCAAGGCCCUCAUGAUGCAGGGUGUUGCUGCCCAGCACCCUCAAGAGUCGCAGCCAGAGCAGCAACAACCGGAUUUCCUGGACCCCACCGGAAUCGCACAGGUUCUCGACCAGAUUCCCCAGCAGCUCCCCGAGAACCCUGAGCAACCCGCCGAGGGCGUCGAGCAGGUCGACGAAGACUGGUUCGAACAAUUCAUAAUGAGCUCAUAAGCUGGACGCCUGCCUCCCCACCUACCUAACUGGUGGCAUUAUUGCGCUUGCCCAUAUUCGCAAGCCCCUACCUACCGACUAAGCCGACUACACAACACCUCUACCUUUCGCUCGACACAUUUUUUCCUUUCCCUUUUUAACACUGAAGACCUUCGGGUCGAUUCGAUAUUUUUAAUCGCCAUCACGAAUGGCGAAUAUGGCCGCGGUUGUUCCGCAUGGAGUUACCGGAUAAGGGGCCGCCUGGGGGGGGGGGGGGGGGGCGGAUGGAUAGGCGUUAUGGGGGAUAAUGAGAUACCCGGACUGCAUUUGUUUUUGCUUUUGCGUCUUCGGCGUUAAUGG